UAAGUACCAACAUAUCGUAGGCAAGACAUGGAGACGCCACACUUCGACCAUCUCACCGCGCAGGACUAUGAGCACGUCUACGAGCCAGCGGAGGAUUCGUUUCUGCUGCUCGACGCCCUGGAAGCCGAUUUGCCCUUCUUGAAUGUGCUGCAGCCACGUCUUUGCUUAGAGAUAGGUUCCGGCUCGGGCAUCAUCAUUACCGCCCUAUCCAAGCAGCUGGCCAACACCUCUCUUUGCCUGGCCACGGACAUAAAUCUGAAGGCGUGUGACGCCACCAGACGCACUGCAAGGCACAAUGAAGCUCGCGUUGACAGCCUGCGCUGCAACCUGGCCGAUGUUCUUCGCAAGCGUUCGGUGGACGUGCUGCUCUUCAACCCGCCCUACGUUGUGACCAGCGACGAUGAGCUGCAGUGCCAGGUGUUCGCAGGAGGCAGCAACCCAUCGACGGAGCGCAAUCUGGUUUACUCGUGGGCUGGCGGCAAGGAUGGCCGUCGCGUGAUCGACACUCUACUACAGCAACUCGAUGACAUUCUCUCGCCGCUUGGAGUUCUCUAUUUGCUGCUGCUGCGAGAGAACAAACCAGACGAAAUAAUCAAACGAUUGGAGGGUCUACAUUUUAAGGCUGUCAAAUUCAUGGAGCGGCGCAUUCCCGGCGAAUAUUUGUACAUAUUAAAAGUAACCAGAAUGCCAUCAUGACUUUAGCAAUAAA